UACCGUCCCAUUGGGAUCUGAUCAGAUUCUUCUACGAGGAGCUCAGUUGAGAAAUACUCAGUGGGUUCAUGGAAUAGUUGUCUACACGGGACAUGACACAAAACUUAUGCAGAAUUCAACAAGUCCACCUCUUAAAAUGUCUAAUGUGGAACGAAUUACAAAUAUUCAGAUUUUGAUUCUGUUCUGCAUCCUUAUUGCCAUGUCUUUGAUCUGCUCCAUUGGUUCAGCUAUAUGGAAUCGAAGGCAUACUGGAAGAGACUGGUAUCUUGAUCUAAAUUAUGGUGGAGCAAGCAACUUUGGAUUGAAUUUCUUGACUUUUAUAAUUCUCUUCAAUAAUCUUAUUCCAAUCAGUUUGUUGGUUACACUUGAAGUUGUUAAAUUUAUCCAGGCAUAUUUCAUAAAUUGGGACAUAGACAUGCACUAUGAACCUACAGAAACUGCUGCGAUGGCUCGUACUUCCAAUCUGAAUGAAGAACUUGGGCAGGUCAAAUACAUAUUUUCUGACAAAACGGGUACCCUGACAUGCAAUAUCAUGCAGUUUAAGAAGUGUACUGUAGCCGGAGUUACUUAUGGGCAGGGCUCACAAAAUGCAGAAGAAAAAACAUUUAGUGACUUGUCAUUACUAGAAAAUCUUCAAAGCAGUCAUUUGGGACAGGAAGAGAGAUACGAACUGCUAAAUGUGCUGGAAUUUACAAG